AAUGUACGACAGACACGUUUCGUUGCCGGCGCGCAACUCCUACUUGAUGGAAAAUACAUCUCAAUCUAAUUUAUAACUGAAUAUCGCGUCAGGAUGGCCCGCUCUAGCUUAUCAAACUAUUUAGUGUUACUGCUGUAUCAUGACUACGCGCAUCGCAAUUAUUGCGUAUCUUAUUUUCGUAUGCGAUUAUUAACUUCAAUCGUUCACGAGUCGUUCCGUUCGUUGCGAAAUUUUUGACGUUUAGAUUCACCGCCGAGUUGCGAAUUUGCUUGAGAAAUUAAAGACGUUCCAGUGUCAUUGUUAGAAGAGCCGGAAGUGGAAUUUGAACAACCUAACGAUAAUGAGACAGGGAGGUCGUGCGAUCGAUGGAACGUCUCUACGCCGUGCCAUCGGAAAAGCUGCGGGUUUGGAUGGUUUGGCUUACCGGCGUCGGCGAGAUAGCCGACGAGUGGCACCAAUGGCUACGAGCGCACAUUGAUCUGAUCGCGCGGAUAGCCGAGCAGCGUCUUCAAACGGUCGCGAACAACGUCCCAGGAGGCAUCAAGGAGAUUGAAUCCGUUACAAACGCUAAGUCGGAGGGAAUCCUCGAUAACGUGAUGCCAAGAAAGGAAGAAAAGAGAGAUGUAUCCUUUAACGAUGAGGCCGGAAUUAAUGAUGCAGCCACCAACGACACUUUAUCCGCCGCGAAAGCAUUAUCGAGGAAACGAGUCGCUGAAUCACCGGAAGCAACGGCUCGAGGCGAAUCGAGCGCGAAUGAAGACUCGUCACGAACUCACAACAAUCCGACGACCUCUGGAAGGAGGACAGGUGGGGGCGGAGAAGAGGAGAGCCUCGCGACGACGGCGAUGGCGGAUGCAAGUGAGACGGCUUGGCCGAUAGGAACGAGGUGGCAGCCUUUGACUCGUUGUCCGAUCGAGAAGAAAGCGGAUCAGAUGCAAACGAUUCAGAGGCUCAAACUACCGCAGGACGAGGCAGAAAGGAUCGAAUUCCUGAAGAAUUUCACGCAUCAAGCCACCUUAUACGGAUCUUAUUACAAGCAUUGGAGAGAAACCGCUGAUCAAGCCGUAAAGGAAAUUGCCGGCAGGACGGUGAUGACCACAGCAAAAUUUCGAGGAACGGGUGACAGCGAAUCGACGUUGGACGUAGCAGCUUCGCAAGCUGCUCAAUAUUCAAUGAAGCAACCUGAAAGCGCCGUCGCUCAAGCGAUAGGAGGAUCGACGGCUGCAACGGCGGAAACGCCGAUGUCGAGCCGGAUUGAUCCCCCGACGACGGAUGCACUUGGGCGGGACACCGUCGAGGUGUCGAUAGCGUUAUCGGAUGAUCAAUCCAAAGUAGUUGAGCCGUCCACGAAGAAGGAGACGGCCGGAAUGGAGCUUGAAUUUCCCUCUGCGAAAUCCGACGCCGUGUCCCCGUCUGUGGAAUCGGAGGCGACAUCGCAACCGGAAACGACGCUCAAGAUACGGCCGACAAUGGAGCCAAUCGUUUCGAUAUCGCCGUCCGAGGCAUUACUCGAGCAAGAGGCAGUAGCGAAACGUAAAGCAGCCGAAAAACUGCUAGGAGAUAUGGCACGAGCCGAAGAAGAUAUCCCAUAUUUCUUCUAUUUGAAGGCAGAACCCGAUAUGGAUAUUGCAAUCCGGUAUAAUGACGAAAAGGUAAUACCACCGGAUCUUGAUCGUGAAAGUAUCUCCGUCAAUCGCAGACAUCUGUAUUUUAAUCUGACCGAUGAACUCGGCAGAGAUGAAUAAUCUCGGUUAUAAAGAGCUUAUUAACAAUUCUAAUGUAUUCUCGCCCUUCUCUCAAAAAAUUAAUAAAUAA